AUGUGUGUGGGGGGGCACCCUCUUGAAGCUGCCUUCAUUUUGUCUCUGCCCUCCACUCUUCUGGUCUUUCUUGGGCAGCCCUUCUUUGUUCCCUUCUGCACCUCUCUGCCUUUUUUUUUGAGAGUUAUUGUAGACCUCGACUGCUUAGAUAAUGGUUAUAAAUCGUCUGACCUGUUCUCUCUCUUUAUUUUUUUUUUGCUUGGAAAAUUUUAUGCCCUUGUUCUGACAGAUACACUUUGUGUUUUGUUUUGUUUUUGUAUUGGAAUGGAAUGGAAAUUGAUUCGGGGCAAUCCAGAACCCUAUAACUUGCUCUCCUCUUGUAUUCCUUUCUUGCUCCAAGUGGGAACAAAGUUGUAG